AUGGCGUCUCAUGUUUCCUCCCCGUCGUCGAGCUCCCCUAUUGACCCAGGAGGAGCGAAAUCUGCAAAAAUUUCAGAUCGCGAAAGCCAUCACUUGAAUCGCGAUCUGGAGGUGAAGCUCCAAUCACCGUCGGGUCCUACAUCGAUCCCAGCGGCGAAGGUUCCUUCUUACGCGGCGAGGUUCAAAUCUUCCCUGAGAAAUCUUCGUAAAAUCUCAGAUCCGUCCUUUCUAGCAGAUGGCACGCCGGUAGUGCAAGCGCCGGAGUCGGUGCUUCUCCAAACCUCAGAACUCUGGAAAGAUCACGUGGUAGCUCACUUCCAUGGUCGGAGGCCGUCGGCAGCGAAGAUUAUAGCGGAUCUGAACCCGGUCUGGGGAAAGUUCGGCAACAUCACGGUCCGUACGGUGUCGGAUACUUGUGUCUUGAUAUUCAUUCCUUCGGUGCAAACCAGAGAAUGGGUAUUGCAGGUCGGUUACUGGCAGGCGGAUCGAUGUGCUUUCUCGGUUUAUCCUUGGACUGCAGAUGGGAAUCUAGCUGCUCAGGAGCUUCUAUUUGCCCCAACGUGGGCGGUACUCAAGAACGUUCCACCGCAGUUAUAUUCUCUGGAUGGUAUUAGUGUGGUUGCUAGUGGUAUCGGAGACCCUCUCCACACUGAGAAGUCUCGGCUUGACCCCUACCACUUUGGUGAUACAAAAGUCAAGAUUGAGAUUGAUCUCUCAAAGGCUCUCCCGGAGGUAGUAGAAGUGCGAGACUCUCAAGGAAAUUCAGUCAGAGUUAACAUUGAGUACCCUAGCCUGCCUCCUAAGUGCAUAAAUUGUGGAAAGUUUGGUCAUUUGUUGAAUCGGUGCCACAAACCUUCCUCGAAGAUAUUCCAAACUCAGAAGCAAGGAAAGGUGGUCAGUGUGGUGAAGGCUGUUAAGGAGGUGUCUCUAGCUGCGACAUCUCAAGAGGAGGUCUUGGUUGGCCCGGUGGAGGAGGUCCAGGAGCAGAAGAGUAGUGCUAGUUCGAGGUCUCGCCGUAGGUCUCGUUCUCGUGCGAGAGCAAGAGCGAGAGCGCUGAGCUCUCCUCCAGAGGUGGUGGGUGCUGAGUUGGGGGUUCAGGUUGCUGAGGUUACAGAACUUGAGGAAAAGUCUGUGGGGGUUAAGGAUCAGAAGAAGGUAGUUGACUCAGUUUUGGCGGUGACUUCAUCAGCUUCGGAAGAGAGUCAGUUGGAGGAAGGUGAGAUUAGGGAGGAAGUUGAAGUUGUUGAUUCAGUGAUAGCCGAAGGAAAGAUUGCUAGUAAAGGAGAGAUUUUUAAGGAAGAAGAAGAUUCGUCUGUGUGGUUUACUAAACAUUCGAAGAAUUAUAGGCGUGCUUUGCGACAACAUGAGCUUUGGAAAUCCUCUGGAGCGGUUGGUUCUCCUCCGAAAUCUUCUAAGCGUCUUGCUCGAGGAAUCUCCUCGGGUAGGAUAAAAGGUUUUUGA